AUGUAUGGUGAAAUUAAUGAUGCCUUGAAUCAACCUGCCUUGUCAUUAUAUCACCAGAAGAUUAAUCAAGCUAUUAAUAUUGAACCGUACUUGAAUUAUGUAGAAAACAUAUUCAAAACUCCUCUAGGGUAUGCAUUAAUUUUAUUACAAAAUUGAGUUUUUUUCUAAUUUUAUAAGAAGUAAUUAAAUAAGUGGUCUUACAUAAGAAUCACAUCACACUAAUAAUAAUUCAAUUAUAAAAUAGUGGACCAAUAUUUACUUGCACAUAGUAUUUUAAAUAAUAAUAAUUAACAUUUAUUUUUAGGAUAGAUUCAAGUGAUACAGAUUCAGAUGGUGAUUUUAUUGAUUUUGAAACUCCAGAAGGUUUGAAUUUUUAUUUUUAACUUUAUUUUUAGGUUUUUUUAUUAAUUCAAUCCAAAAAAAUAAUAUAACUUAAUAAUUAAUUAAUUUAAGAUGUAUAUAAUAUUUUAUAGUUUUAAUAAUUACUAUUAUCUGAUUCAGAACGAAUUGCUGACCGUUCUCGUUUUUAUAAUUUAUCAAAUGUUGGUGAAGAUCGUUUAUGGUUACAAAGUCUUCUCUUGGAAAGCAGCGAUUCAGAUGAUUCCGAAGAUAUAGUAACUGAAGAAGAUUUGCAAAAGAUGUUGAAACUACAUUUAUUUAAAAAAAAGUGCCAACAAAAAUUCCUUACUGUUAAAAAUGUAAAUUGGUUUACUUUUAAUUACAAAUUAGUCAAUUAUACAUGAUAAAAGUACUAUAAUUUAUUGGUUUAUGUAAUCAUAAUUAAAAUAUUAAAAGUGGUUCAGAUGUUUUAGUUGCUUAGUGAAUAAAUAUAUGCUUAUUAAAAAAAUUGACUUACUUUACAGAAAAAUCGAUUUCGGUAUUAUAGUUCCGGCUUAUUAUCUAAUUUUGAUAAAUACCAAACCAGGAAAAAAAAGAAAAACUUACGAAAGUUAAAAACCACUACAGCCAAAGAUAAACAUAAAGUAUUUAAAAAUAUUAAUUAAUGCCUUAUGCAUAAUUAUUCUUAUCCUUAUGUUAAUAGUUGAUACAUUUCUGUUUAAAGAAUUCUGAUGGGGAUGAAAAACAAAGUAAAGUGAAAACAACAUCUUUAAAUGCUACAGCUAAAAGAUUAAAACUUGAAAAUAAAAAAGCUUUUGUGGAAGAAAAACAAGCUCAAGUUUUAUGUAUGAAAAGAAAGAAGCUAUGGUUAAAUUUGUCCAAAAAAGAAUUAGGAAAAGUAAUGACAUCAAAAGAUUAAUAAAUUAUAUUUUAUUUAUAACACAUAGUCAGUAUACCUGUCUAGAAUAUAAGUAUGGUUUUGUUAGGGAAAUUGAUCAAUGGAAUCAAUCUUAUGUAAGGCAUAUAUUGUGGAAAAGUCUAAGGAGAAAAUAAUAAGUUAUGGAUGAUGUGCAUAGAUUUAGGGAAAGUAUAUGGUAUGGAUAGAGUAUUGAAAAGAUUUGAAAAAAUGUCAAGAGGAAAUGGGCACUGGCAAAAUAUGUUAAUGAACUUGAUGUGUUGUAGGAAAAGUAUAUUAAGUAAAGAAAAUACAAAACAGGCAUUUUAGCUGUAUUAAGAAAUAAGAUUAAUAUAUGAUAGAGGUAAUGGACAAAACAAAGAGCAUAUAAAGUAUAAACAGUUUAAGUAAUUUAUCUUUUAGGGUUGAAUAUCUAACAAAAUAUGUGUGUUUAAUUGAUAGUAUGAAUGAGGGAGCAAGUAUAGGGGUAAAAAGUAGUGCCAGAAGACUAAAAUAAUUUCAAUAAUCUGAUAAUCUCAGGUUCUUUAUAAAUUAUACUAACAAGGUUCUACUGUAUGAUAUAUAUUAUGUUUACAAUUUUAAAAUAUUAUAUUAAACAAUUUUUUUUUAAUAGGUACACAAGAGGAAAAAUAAUAAUCACAAAGAAAUGUUAAUAACAUGUCGAAGAACUGCACAGUCUUGUAUGAAACAUUUACGUCAAAAAACUAUUCAAGUAAUUUUAAGUACAAUAUUUUAUAUUUUAGAUUUGGAGCAUAGCGGAGGAUGUAAUAUUGGUUUUACUAUUUGUUUUUUUUGUCUGUGAACAACUUUUUUACCGGAAAUUUUGCUCCAAUAUAUAGAGUGUAGCACUUCUUCUGAAAGGUAAUUUUCUCUAGUUUGCGUAUAGAGGUAUUGAUAUUGUUGAUUUUUUCAAGAGUUUUAAAAAUAAUUGAGAAAAAUCGAAUAUUUAUGGCGCGCCAUCACUAAUUUCAUCAUAUUUAAAUAUAUUUUUACCAGAAAUAUUGCGCUCCAAUUGAAAAAUUUGAAAAAAAAAAAAAAUUUUUUUCUAAUUACAUUGCAAUGAUUUCAUUGUUUACAAUUUUUAAGAUUAGAUUUCUCUACAGAAAUCUUUGUCCGAAUUUCAAAAAUAGCAUAUUUUUCAAAAAAAAAUAUUGUCUUAUGUGGAAGAAAUUUGUUUGAUUUUCCUCAGUUUUCUUAACAAUUAAGGAAAAUCGGGAAUGCUUCACAAUUUGGCAGGAGGUUCAUAAAGUUCUACUUAGUGGUCAAAUAAAAAAUAAAUUGAGUGUAAUAAUAUGGUAUUUACCAAACUUUGCACAGAAUUGUUUUCCGUUAACAAUUGUACAGACAUAAAUCAAAUAACUUUGUGUAGUUUACCUUCCUAACUCUGCACCUACAACGUUGACUAUGUCCCCAGUAUCGGCUUUUUUUAAUAUUGAGUUAUAUAUUUUAGAAUCAAAAAAAUACAAAAGAAAAUGUAUGGCGUGCCAAACGUUUAACACGAGAAAUGUUGACAUAUUGGAAGAGGUAUGAUCGUAAUGUACGUGAAACAUGUAAGAAAAAAGAGAAACAAGCUGAAGAACAAAGAAAAAUGGAUUUUGAGUUGAUGGAAGUAAGUUAACUAUUUAUUUGUGUUGUAUUUUUUUUAUUUUUGUGUGAUAUUUAAUAAUAUUUUGUAUUAUGUAUUUUUAAUAAAUUAAGGUUAAACGUCAACAUAGAAAAUUCAAUUUCUUAAUCACUCAAACAGAGUUAUAUGCUCAUUUUAUGUCAAGAAAACUAGGACUAAGUUCUGCUGAAGAACAACUAAGAAUUUUAAAUCAAUUAGAUGAAGAAAAAAUACCUAGAUUUAUGCAUAUUGAAAAUUAUAAUAGGUAUGAAAUAACAACUUCAAGUUAUAUUAGACUGAAUAAAUAGUUUAACUUUAAAAUAAUAUUCAAAAUUUAUUAAUAAUAUAUUUUAUUUUUUGAAAUUCGGUAAAAUAUUGCCUUUACCAGUAAAUUUUUGUUUUAAAUUAUUAGAAUUUAGUAAUAAAUUUGUUUUAUUAUAUUCUAUUAAAAACUUAGAUUAUUUUGAAAGAGUUAUGUAGUCACUUGUAUAGUACACUUUGUUUUUAUAACUUACUAAUAUUCAUCACUAUAUUUGUGUUUGUUAUUAGUGAAGUAUAUAAGAACAAAGCAUUACAAAACAUUCAAAAAGUAUUAGAUGCUCAAGCAAAGCAAUCUAUUGAAUUUAAUGACCCAGACUUAAAAAUCAAUACAACUUCACCUAAUGAGGAAAGGCCACAACCAACAAUAUUUCAAGGCAGUUUGAAACAUUAUCAAUUAAAAGGAAUGAAUUGGCUUGCAAAUCUUUAUGAUCAAGUAUAAUUAUUAUUUUUCAAAAAGAUAUAAUAUUUUCAAAAUAUAUAAUGAUAUUUCUGUUUAUACAUUAAGAGAAUAAAUGGCAUAUUAGCGGAUGAAAUGGGAUUGGGAAAGACUGUACAAACUAUUGCUUUUUUUGGCCAUAUUGCAGAAACAUACAGUGAGUAUUAUAUUAUUUAUCAUUAAUUCUUUUAAAUAAUGAAAAUAUAAAUUAUACAUUGUACAUCAUAAAUGAAUAAUCUUUUAAAAUUCUAUCAUCUUAAUAUUACAGAUAUAUGGGGUCCAUUUUUAAUUGUAUCUCCCUCAUCUACACUUCAUAACUGGCAGCAAGAAAUAGCUAGAUUUGUUCCUGAUUUUAAAGUUGUACCAUAUUGGGGAACUCUACAAGUAUAUACUAUUUAUAAUAGUGGUUUUAUUUACAUCAUUAAUUUUUAAAUAUCUUAAAAUGUAUAUAAUUUUUCAGGAUAGAAAAAUUUUGAGACGAUUCUGGGAUCAAAAAGGCUUACACACACAAGAAGCUAGUUUUCAUGUGGUUAUAACAAAUUAUCAAUUAAUAGUGAGCGAUUUUAAAUAUUUGAAUCGUAUUAAAUGGCAAUAUUUAGUUCUUGAUGAAGCUCAAGCUAUUAAAAGUGCUAACAGGUAUUAAAUCAUUUUUAUUAUCCAUUAAGAUAACUUAUUAAAAAAAUGAUUGUUAUUGCAGUGUACGUUGGAAACUAUUAUUGACUUUUAGAUGUCGUAAUCGUUUGUUAUUAACUGGUACUCCUGUGCAAAAUAGUAUGGCAGAAUUUUGGGCUUUGUUGCAUUUUAUCAUGCCAACAAUGUUUGAUUCCCAUGAUGAAUUUACAGAAUGGUUCUCAAAAGAUAUUGAAAGUCAUGCGGAAAAAAAAACUGACAUUGAUGAAAGUAAGGCAACAAUUGCAUUAUAUAGUUGUUUUUCUCAUUCAUAAUUUAUUAUUGCAACUUGUAGUUUUUAAAUAAAUAAGGUCUUUAAAAACAUUUUUAAAGAAAAUAUGGACCUACUUUGUACGUGUGUGCAGCCACUGUUGUAGGUGAAUAUUUUUAAGUGCUUUUUGAUGAUUUUAAGUACAUAUAAAUCUGCUCCCUAAUUAUAAUUCAUAAAUAUUACUAUUUACAAUCAUUUAUAACGUAAUAUUCUAUGUAUAUGGUUUAUAUGGUUUUACAUAGUUGAUUACUAGGGUUUGGAUGUUAAUGAAAUUGCAUGUUUUUUCUAUUUAUCCAAUUUAAUGCUGACCUGGAUACAAAUUUGAUUCAUGUUCUACUGAAUCAAAUAAUACUAUUUUUACUUUCCAUAUUUUUGCCUAUUUUAUGGUUUUGUAUUUUAAAUGCAUAUUUUAGGAUUUUAUGAAUAUAAAUGUAUAAAUCUUUACAUUUUUGAACUCUUUUAAAAACAAUUUAAUGUAAUACAGAAAUAUAAAUUAAAGAAACAUACAAUCUUAACAAAUUUAAAAAAAAUCAUUGUAUCACACUGUAAUGUUUUUAUUGUAAAUCAAUAUGUAAUUAAUAUGUAAUAUUAAAAAUAAUAAAUACAAAAACUACUAUAAAAAUAUUACAUAUAAAAAUUAAAUACUUAAGCUAAAAUAAAAUUGUUUGUGUAUAGUUUGGUGUUUUUAAACACUAAAAAUGCAUAUUUUAUGAUUUUUUAAAUGCAUACAUAUUACAGUUAUUUUAAGUACAUAAAUAUCAAAAUUUUAUUGAUAAAAUUGUGAUUGAAAUUUGUAUUUAUUUAACAAUAAGUUAAUGUUUUGUGGAUUUCGGGUUUUAAAUGUUAUUACAAUAUUAUUUGUAAGUGCUCUAGGUAUGAUUUAUAUGUAUUAUAAUUUUUUCUUAGAUAUAUCUUUACAUUAAAAUGUAUUAAAAUUCUAGAACACUUAUCCAGAUUACAUUUGAUUUUAAAACCAUUCAUGUUAAGAAGAAUAAAAAGUGAUGUUGAAAAUGAAUUAUCAGAUAAAAUUGAAAUAUUGAUGUACUGUCCUCUUACUUCACGUCAAAAAAUGUUUUAUAAUGGUAAAACAAACAUACUGAAUAUUAAGAAAAUUAAAAAUAGUGAUGAAUAAUUUUUUUUUUUUAAACAUAGCUUUGAAGAAAAAGAUUCUUAUUGAAGAUUUAUUGCAUUCAGUUGGUUCUUAUCAAUCCUCACCAAAUGUCACAUUAAAUUUAAUGAACUUGGUUAUGCAAUUUCGAAAAGUUUGUAUUGGUUUAAUAAUCUUGAUAUUUAAAUAACUUUAUUGUAAUAGAUGUUGAUUUUUUUCAAGGUUUGUAAUCAUCCAGACUUAUUUGAAAGAAGAAUUGCUAGAUCACCUUUUUUUUUUCACCCAAUAGAUUAUACUAUUCCAAAACUAAUUUAUUUUGAUAAUUUAACAAAAUAUAAUUUUUUGAGCAAACAGCAUUUAUUUGCUAACAAAUUUUGUAUAUAUAAUGUAGAACAAGUAUAUCAUAACUGUUAUCCCAUAGACAAAGGUAAACAUUAUAUUCCUAGAAAAUAUAAUACACAUAUUUUGAUUCCUAAUAUUUAAUAUUUUUUUCUUAGGUAAAUCAAUCAGUUGUAGCAUGUUUUGCUUUAUUAGAUUUUUAAAAAUGUCACCUACUGAACUAUUUGAAAUAACAAAUGGUGGACUAUAUAAUAGGUAUUAUGCAUAUAUGUUUAAUUAUAAUAAAUUUAAACAAAUCUUAUAUUGAUACUUAUUUUCAGAAUUAUUUAUAUUUUAGUUCAACAAAAAAUGAAUAGCUUGAUUCAAGAGAAAAAUAUUUGGGACAAAAAUAGUAUAUUGUGGCUAUUUGUGGAAAAUCAAAUACCAGAGUUAUUCAAAUUUAUUUCUCCAAUUUUAAAUAUGUGCACUAUUACUCAUAUGACUCAUACUCAUCACUACAAGAAUGAAACUAUGGGACAAAAAGUACAACAAAUUAAACAAGUAAAAAUUUAUUUGUUAAUCCUAAGCAUGUCAAAAUAUAUAAUUUAAAAAUAAUUAUUUUAAUACAAUCAUAGGUGAAUUCUGACAUGAAUAUAACACCAGAGAACAUUUUUGUUGAACAUCUAUCUUUGGACCACUACAAACAUAGACCACUACAAAUAUAUGAAUGUCAACCAACACAACUACCUUCAUUUUUGUAUUUUUAUUCUCCAAAAGUGACAACAAAAGGUCGCAAAUUAUGGGUCCCUGGCAGUAGAUCUGCUGCAUAUGUCUGGCAACAGCAUGAGUCAUGUAAUUCUGCUAAAGGUUUUAACCUAAUAUAUAAUGGUGAUUCAAGUUUCAGUCAUAAUCAAUGGUCAUGUGAAAAUGUAGGAGGUUUAAAUUCUUCAAGACCAUGGAAUGGAUGGUUUCAUAUCAGUAUAUUUGGUAAUAUGAAAGCACACCAUCUCUAAAUUAAAUAGAUAAUUUUAUUCUUGUUUUAUAGACAAGCAAAGUUUGGUUACUGACAGUGGAAAAUUGAAAGUUUUGGACAAUUUAUUAACACAGUUAAAAAAAGAAAAUCAUAGAGUUCUAAUUUAUUCACAAAUGACAAAGAUGAUUGAUAUUUUAGAGGCAAUGAAAAAUAAUUUAAAUAAUGUUAAGUAAUUUACUCAUCUCUGAAUUAUACUUUACAGGAAUAUAUGCAGUAUAAAAAACUAAAAUAUAAGAGACUUGAUGGUUCAUCAAAAAUAUCUGAUAGAAGAGACAUGGUUGCUGAUUUUCAAAAUCGGUAAAUUAUAUUUAUUUUCAUUGAGUACUAAUAAGAUAUGUUUUUAAUUAAAAAAUGUAAACAAUUAUUUUAUGUUAUUGUUAUUUUGAUUAGCCAAGAAAUUGUUUGUAUUAAUUUUGAUUGGAAGAGUUGCAUAUUUAUAAUAAAAUUAAGGAAAAUUUUAAAAACAUUAAAGAAAAACUAUAAAAACAUUUUGAAUGUAAACAGAUUUACAAAAUAAUAUUUUAUAUCAAUAAUUUUAAAAUCAUUAGAUAAUAAUAAAACUUCUUUAAUCUAUGUUAUCUUAUUGUGGUUUAAAAUAACUUUUAAUGUACACACAAUUUUUAUAAUACUCUAGGCAUUGUUUUUAUUUUUUUAUUUAUUUGUUUGUUUUGCACAUAUACAUAUAUAUAUUUUUUUAACUUUAUUUAUUUAUGUAUGUAUGAUGUAUUGCUUUAGUUCCGACAUAUUUGUAUUUUUAUUAAGUACAAGGGCUGGAGGUCUUGGAAUAAAUUUGACUGCUGCAGAUACUGUUAUAUUUUAUGAUAGCGAUUGGAAUCCUACUGUUGAUCAACAAGCAAUGGAUCGAGCUCAUAGACUUGGUCAAACUAAACAAGUUAGCCUUUUAUUAAUUUAAAUACUUAAUUUCUGUUUCUAGGCAUAAUAAUAAUUGAAUAAUUCAUAUUUUUGCUUUCCCUGGUGAAUUUCACUUUUCUAGCCAGAUUUUUUUCUCUUUAAAUAACUGAUCAGCCAAUACCCAAAAGAAGAUUUUAGUUAUUUAGACAUGUUUUAGGAAGAAAGAAUAUUGUUUUGUUUAUUUAUAAAUACUGAUUUUUUAGGUUACUGUAUAUAGACUCAUAACUCAGAACUCAAUUGAAGAACGGAUAUUACAGAGAGCAAAAGAAAAGAGUGAAGUAUGAUGUUAAUAUAUUAUCAAAUAAUCUACAAAAUUAUAUAUCAAAUAAUCUAUGAAAAUUUUGUCUAUAGAUACAAAGAAUGGUAAUAAGUGGUGGAAAUCUUAAACCUGAUACUUUAAAACCAAAAGAAGUAGUAUCAUUACUUUUGGAUGAUGAUAAAAUUGAAAGAAAAUGUAAGUGUAAGAAAAACUUUGUAUUCAAGAGUUUAAAAUAUAUAUUUAAAACUUGUAUUUAGACCACCAAAAACAAGAAGAAAAGAGAAAAUUGGAAGAAAUAAUAGGUGACAGAUUUAAUGAAGGAGCUCAGAAAUGGUAA